GCGAGACUUCGGAAAAAUGCCUACAAAAAAAGACCUCGGUGACAUGUCUUGGGAUGACUUCAUGAAAGAAGGUAUAGAUGGCAGCGAUGCUAGUGAUGAUGAACAGGAAGAAACUUCUGCUAAAGUAACAAAAAAGGACCAAACAAAAAAGAAAAAUACAUCCAAAGUAGCCAGUGUUGAGAAGACUGAAAAACGAAAGAAAGAGACAAAAACAAAAACAAACAGCCCUAUUGAUGAAAAGAAAUCUCAAGCAAACAGCAAGGAAAAAAACAUUUCUAAAUCAGAAAAAGAUGUAAAACAGUCAAAUAAGUCCAGUACAGAUAAAAAAGGAGAUAAACCGAUAACAUCAGGCAAGAAGCAUAAAGAACAACUUGAGAAACUAAAAGAACGAGAUCCAGAUUUCUAUGAAUUUUUACGAAAUGAGGACAAUGCCUUGUUGAAGUUUGAUGUGAGUGAUAGUGAAGAAGAAGAUGAUGAGGGAAUUGAUGAAGAGUCAAGCAGUGAGGAGGAAGAUGAAGAUGGGGAAGGAAGGAUGCAUCAACUUCCUGAUAAAUUAGAGGUGGCUAGUGAUGCAAGUGAUACAGAUGAUGAUGAUGAUGAAGAAGAUGAUGAGAAAGUGGAAGCAAUUGAUAAACCAGAAAAGCUCAUCAAAGUGAACAUGAAACUUAUCAACCAAUGGUCUAAAGGAUUACAGGCUAACUCCCUAGCAGUGAUACAUGAUGUGGUACUGGCAUUUAAGGCAGCUGUACACCAAGCAGGCAGCGAUGACACUGUUGUGACCAAAUACAGAGUCGAUGACAGCUCAGUGUUUAAUGGCAUUAUCCGACUAUGUGUUAGUGACUUGUUACCAACCUGGCUGAGGAUACUCAACUUACCAAAGCAAGAGAAAAAUGCCAAGAAACCUGUGUUACCAACCAGAAGUAACAAGUGGGGCAAGAUUCGCAAAGAUGUGAAGGUGUACUUAAUGGACUUAAUCCAGCUGGUGUCAGAGUUAUCAGUCACUGAGAUGAUAAAUGUGAUUUUACGUCAUAUUAGUAAACUUGUCACAUUCUACAAUAACUUCCCAAAGCUUUCUAAAUCCUUAUUGAAGAGGCUUAUUAAGAUGUGGAGUACUGCAGAGGAGUCUACUAGAGUGUUAGCUUUCCUGUCUAUCAAUAGAAUAGUUCGCUUGAGACAGGACACUCUGCUUGAACCAAUGUUAAAGCAAAUGUACAUGUCAUAUGUGAAGAAUUGCAAGUUCACGUCCCCUACAAUUCUACCGCUGAUUAACUUCAUGCAGCGCUCCCUGGUGGAGAUGUUCAGCCUCAACUUCAAAGUGGCAUAUGAAUAUGCAUUCGUCUACAUCCGUCAACUGGCCAUACACUUGAGAAAUGCCAUCAUGGUGAAAAAGAAGGAGUCUAUCCAAGCAGUGUAUAAUUGGCAGUUCAUCCACAGUGUGGGCCUGUGGGUUAGACUAUUAGGGGCCACCCACCCUAAUGACACCCUACAACCCCUCAUAUUCCCUCUCACACAGACCAUACUAGGAACUAUCAAACUGGUCCCCACUGCCAGAUAUUACCCUCUGCGGUUCCACUGCAUUAAGUACCUCAAUCAGCUCUCAGAGAGGACAGGGGUCUUCAUUCCAGUAUUGCCUCAUAUACUAGAGGUGUUUGAAAUGACAAAUUUCAACAAGCGCCAUAGUAGCAUCAGCAUCAAACCAUAUAACUUUGCCUGUCUGCUGAAGCUAUCUAAGUCACAGCUGAACCAGAAAGUGUUUGGAGAUGGAGUCAUUGACCAGUUGUAUGAGUUGUUAAUGGACCAACUUAACGUACAUGCACACACUAUAGGCUUCCCUGAGUAUGCCUUUCCGGCAGCACUACAGUUGAAAGAGUUUGUGAAGAAGUGCAAAGUGGCCAACUACACGAGGCAGAUAAAACAGAUCCUUGAAAAGAUAAAUGAAACUGUCAAAGUGAUUACUGAGCGACGUAGAAAAGCUUCCAUCAACAUUAGAGACCUAAGAGCUAUGGAUGACUGGUCAAUCAAAAGCAAGAUAGAGGGCACUCCAAUAAGCAAAUACUUCGCCACCUGGAGGAAGCUUAGAGACAGAGAGUUACAACAUAACAUUUCAGGCAAAGAGAGGCUGGAAGAUACUGAACUGCCAACUAUUAUACGAGACAGAGGACCUAAGAAGGCGGAUGAUGAAGACCGUAAGGAGUUUGCUGCCCUCUUUGAUAGUGACAGUGAAGAGGAAGAUGAUGAAGAAAGAUUCCUUAUGAAACAUGAGAGGGCAAAGAAGAAGAAACAUGACUCUGAUGAUGAUUACAGUGAUUUUGAUGAAGAUGACCUGGAGAAACUGGCAGGGUCUGGGGAUGAUGAUAGCGAUUUAGAAAAUGAGGAUUCAGAAGAUGAAGCUUCAGAAAAUGAGGAUUCAGAUAUCGAGGACUCUGAAGAUGAGGAUUCAGAAAUGGAGGAUGAGACCAAUUCUAAAACUAUACAGAAAGGGAAUAAAAAACAAUCUACUCAAUCCAGCAAUUAUAAAAAUCAGAAAAAUAAACACAAAAAAGAAAUGGACUCACAGAAAACCAAUCAGACAAAGAAGAGAAAACAACAGGGAAAAGUUGGUAAAAAUACAAAGAAACAAAAGACAGAUUUGAAUAAAUAUGAAAAUGCUGGAGGUGACGAUAUUGUAAAGGACUUUGCUUGGUCAGAUAGUGAUUAAAGUGGACUAUGAAGUACAAUAGUCUGGAUUAAAUUUUACAUAGAAUACUACAUAGAUUAUAUGUAAUGAAGCAAUAUUAUGAAUAUA